AUGUGGUAUGAAGAGAGGAAUAAAAAUGCAAAGUCGUCUGAUGGGACGACUUUCUCUUCGUGCUGCCAGGAUGGCAAGGUUUUGCUUGCUCGCCUUCUUGAUCCGCCUGAACCAUUAAGAUCAUUACUUGAUUAUAACGACCCGUCGACACUUAGAUUCAGAGAACAGAUUAGAGUUUACAAUAGCAUGUUCUGUUUCACAUCAUUUGGGGGAAAGAUUGAUCAUGCUAUAAACAGUGGUCGAAGCCUAUACACCUUCCGAAUAAGUGGGCAGAACUACCAUCGAAUAGGCUCCAUGUUGCCAGUUGAAGGUGAGCAACCAAGAUAUGCUCAGCUGUAUUUCUACGACACGCAAAACGAAGUUAAAAACCGUAUAACUGCUUUGUUUGGCCAGACCCAUUGUCACGACACAUGUGACGAAGCAAUUGUUGCGUCCCUAAUCAGAAUGUUAGACACCCACAGUCCUUUGGCUAACGCCUUCCGCAUGGCACGUGACUGGUGCACUCAAAAUGAAAGAAACAAUUGUCAACUACGCUUACUUGGCCAGAUAAUAAACAAUCCACAAUACAACCGCCCUAAUGUGUCUGAAGUUGCUGUUCUUAUCACAAACGACUUUGGGGACAACACUGAACCACGUGAUGUUAUCGUUAGCACAAAGCACGGCGCGCUUCAACGCAUAUCGGAAUUACAUCAGCUUUACAUGGCUUUGCAAUAUCCGCUGUUCUUUCCGUACGGAGAGACCGGGUUCCACGAACGAAUACACUACCAUGACAACACAGGACGUCGAGCGACUAAACGACAAUGUGUCACAAUGCGGGAAUACUACUGCUACAGAAUCCAUUAUCGCAAUACCAAAGGCACCACCCUGUUAAGAGGCGGUCGUUUAUUCCAACAAUACUUAGUUGACUCAUACGCAGCUAUCGAAGAACAAAGAUUGCGCUGGAUGAGGAAUAACCAAAAUGAACUGCGUGUUGAACUCUAUCAUAAUGUUUGUGACGCUGUGACGCGUGGGGAUACAAAUGCCAAGGCUAUCGGCCAACGUAUAGUUUUACCGGCAACCUUUACGGGCAGUCCAAGAUAUAUGAUCCAAAAUUACCAAGACGCCAUGGCUCUGUGCCGCACUUUUGGGAACCCCGACCUGUUUGUAACAUUUACAGCUAACCCAAAAUGGCCUGAAAUCGAUGACAUGGUAUCUCUCAUACCCGGCCAAAAGUCUCAUGAUCGUGCAGAUGUUGUAUCACGCGUUUUUAAACUAAAGCUUACCUCCUUGAUUGAAGAUAUUAUGAAGAAACAAAUCUUUGGUAGCUGCGAAGCAGCUGUUUAUACAAUUGAGUUUCAGAAACGAGGCCUACCGCACGCGCACCUUUUGUUGUGGCUUGAACAUUCUGCCGAGUCACGCACACCGGCUGGCAUCGAUGAUUUGAUUUCUGCAGAGAUCCCAUCGGAAAUGGACGAUCCAUCCGGCUAUAAGGCCGUAACAGAUUACAUGUUGCAUGGCCCAUGUGGAAACGAUGCGCGCAGUGCUCCGUGUACAACAGAUGGAAAAUGCAUGAAACACUUUCCGAAACCAUUUUACCGAGAAACAACAAUUGACGAAGACGGUUACCCGGUUUAUCGCCGACGAGAUACCAAGAUCUUCUUUAAGAAGGGCAAAACGAAGCUUGACAACCGGUUUGUCGUCCCAUACAACCGCUACCUCCUCUUAAAGUACGAAUCUCACAUCAAUGUUGAAUGGUGCAACCAAUCCCGAGCGAUAAAAUACCUGUUUAAAUACUUAAACAAGGGGCCAGACAGGGCUACAAUGGUUGUUCAGGAAAACAUUGGCAAUAACGGUGAAAAGCGUACACAACAGAUUGUUAAGGUUGAUGAGAUUAAAAACUAUCUGGAUUGCCGGUACUUAUCACCAUGUGAAGCUGUGUGGAGAAUGCUUGCAUUUCCUAUACAUUACUCAUUCCCAUCCGUCAUGAAACUAACGUUCCAUACACCUGAUCAACAUCUGCUCACGUUACGUGAUUCAGACAGCUUACCGGCAUUGUUAAACCGGGACGGGAUACGAGACACGAUGUUCACCCAAUGGUUUGCGCUAAACAACAGAGAUGAAGCGGCAAGAAAGUUAACGUACGCCGAGAUACCAACAAGGUAUGUGUGGCAAGAGGAUAACAAGGUUUGGAAAACGCGGUUGGAACGGACAGCCAUUGGGCGGAUUGUGUAUUGCAAUCCAGCAGCUGGGCCAAAGUAUUAUCUAAGAAUGUUGUUGGGGAUUGUGAGAGGGCCUCGAAGUUUUGAAGAAAUAAAAACGGUCGACGGAGUCGUAUAUGCAACGUUCAAAGAAGCCUGCUAUGCGUAUGGCUUGCUUAAUGAUGACAAGGAGUGGAAUGACGCCCUGUCAGAGGCUAAAUUAUGGGCGUCCGGUUCCCAACUGCGGGAAUUGUUUGUUAUCAUGUUGUUGUUUUGCGAAGUGAAUCGUCCGGCGCAACUCUGGGCAGAAAAUUGGGAGAUACUAUCUGAUGAUAUUUUGUACCAAAAACGUAGGCUCUUCAUGUUCCCAGGGUUACAUUUAUCUGACGACCAGCUUAAGAACUACUGCCUGAUCGAACUAAAUGAACUAUUGGAGAAAAAUGGAAAAUCGUUAUCGGAUUUCACAGAUAUGCCUCAGCCGGAUACGUCGCUCCUCGAUAAGAUGGAUAAUCGUCUAAUUAGGGAAGAGUUGAGUUACAAUAAAAAAAAGAUAACAGACGAACACGAUCGAUUAUAUGCAUCACUGAACACGGAACAGACGGCCAUAUACGACACAGUCAUUGAAUCUGUUACCACUCGAAAAGGCGGGUUCUAUUUCGUGUAUGGUCCGGGUGGGACAGGCAAGACGUUCCUGUACAAAGCCAUUCUGUCACGCUUAAGAUCUAUGGGCAUGAUUGCCCUUGCGGUUGCAUCUUCAGGUAUCGCGUCCCUUCUGUUACCCGGUGGUCGGACAGCUCAUAGCCGCUUCGCUAUCCCUUUAGAAUUACUUCAAAAUAGCACGUGUGCCAUCAAACAAAAUACCCAUUUGGCACACCUAUUACAAGAGGUAAGGUUAAUCAUCUGGGACGAGGCACCAAUGAUGCAAAAAUAUGCUUUUGAAGCGCUUGAUAAAACACUUAGAGAUAUCUUGGGGUUUCCUGCCCACGCAAACAGGGAACGCGUGUUUGGUGGCAUGCCUGUUUUACUUGGUGGUGAUUUCAGACAAAUCCUGCCCGUCAUCCCAAAAGGAAAAAGAGAAGAUGUUGUUCAGGCAUGCAUAAAUAAAUCGUAUCUGUGGAAAAGUUGUAAACUCUUCAGACUCCACCGUAGUAUGCGUGUCAACGAAUACACCUCAGCAGGUGUGCUAGACAUGGAUAGGCAACUUUUCAACAAAUGGUUGUUAGAAAUCGGCGAUGGAAUUGUUCCUUCAAAGACCAAAGAAGGGGAGGAUGAGCCUACCUGGAUCGAGAUACCCACCAGGUUCAUCGUAGAUGGUUGUGGCCUUCCUGUGGAAUCGAUUGUUAACGCUGUCUUCCCGUCGUUUACAGAAAGGCAGGUUGAUGAUGAUUAUUUGUGUGAAAGAGCAAUACUAACCCCGCGCAAUAUAGAUGCGGACGAAAUCAAUGAUUACAUGUUUGCACAACUAAGACGAACCACAAAGACCUACAAGAGUUCUGAUGAGAUAUGUCGCGCGUCCACGGAUGUAUUAGAAUAG